AAGAACAACUUGUGACAAAAACUAGAAAAAUGGAAAGGGUUCCCCAAAUUCUUUGCAUUGCAUUCUUCACGCUUUUCGUUGCUGUGGCCAACUCCCAGAGUGCUUCAAACGUUAGGGCCACUUACAAUUUGUACAAUCCCCAAGACAUCGGUUGGGACCUAAACCGUGCCGGGGUCUACUGUGCAACAUGGGAUGCUAACAUGUCCCUUCAGUGGCGGAGCCAAUAUGGUUGGACUGCCUUUUGUGGACCUGCUGGACCUACUGGUCAGGCUUCCUGCGGGAGGUGCCUUAGGGUGACUAACACCGCAACUGGAGAUCAAGUUGUUGUAAGGAUUGUUGAUCAAUGUAGCAAUGGUGGGCUAGAUUUGGACGUUGGCCCCUUUCGGCAGAUUGACACUAAUGGCCAGGGCAUUGCCAACGGUUUCCUAACAGUCAACUAUGAAUUUGUUAACUGUUAAGGCCGUCUACUACUCUCAGUCUUAUGUGAUGGGAAAACUGAAAUUUCCUGUAAUCAAUAAAUUUGAAUAAUAUAUACGUACCAGGUUGGGUUUAUGCCGGUUGGCUGGUUGUGUAUUGAUUAUCUAUACAAUAUAUAAAAGGAAAGCGGUGACA